CGAAUGCUUCAAGGUCCCCUCCCUUUUUUAAAAGUCAGAUUCAAGUUUCUGUUGGAUCACAUGCAGCUCAGGGAACAGCGGGACAUGACGAUCAAUGUGGUGAUUGCUGGCUGCCUUGCAGUAAUGUGGCUGAAGAAAUGUGGUGGUAAAGCGUAGUGGAACGCUGAGUUUUCACCCCUUGUGACGAAGAAGAAGACUCAACAGUUCCUGAAGAACGAGUCUGAGAAGAAUAGACAAAAAAAAGGACUUGGAAGUAUCCCUGAAGGAUACAAGAAGCGCUGCUCAACUAUGAGAGACGAGGAGCAGACUGGCGCAGAUCAUCCAGUGGGAGCGGUGGUUUCUAGUGAGGAGAACAUCGGGAAACCACCGUCAAAUGCCUGUCCUGUCCUUGUGGCAACACCGGGAUUCCGCAGGCGGAAACGGCACAAAGGCUCACCUGGGACGGACGACGCCACCGCAGUCACAUCAAUUGAGGACAAGCCUGGAGACGACAUCCGGAUCGAUACUCUGACUGGACCGAAAAAACUCAAAAGGAGUCCUCAACAACUGCCUUCCUCGUCGGGGCCGUGCCUUUCUCCGAUUCCAGGUCCAAGUCCUGGAGGGUUGUCACCCCUCGAGGACACACAUGGCCAGCGCGUGAUCGCCAACAUCCGGGAGCGUCAGCGGACGCAAUCCCUGAAUGACGCCUUCGCCUCGUUGCGCAAAAUAAUCCCAACGCUCCCUUCGGACAAACUGAGCAAGAUUCAGACGCUUAAACUGGCGUCACGCUACAUCGACUUCCUGUACCAGGUUCUACAGAGCGACGAGAUAGAUUCAAAGCUGAGCGGCUGUAACUACCUGGCCCAUGAGAGACUAAGCUAUGCCUUCUCUGUCUGGAGGAUGGAGGGGGCCUGGUCCACCAUGUCUGCCAGCCACUAGUCUCAUUUUUGACAAAACCGUGUUCUCGCUUGAUUUAAAAUAGGUCAGCCUUUUGACUCACAAGUCUCAGGUUUCAUCAUCGGUUUGGCUCACUGGUGAGGCAAACACACAGUGACUCUUAAUGAGAAAAUGACCUUGAAACAUCUGUUUUUCAAGCCUACAUAGUAAUUUGUUCAUUUGUAAGUCAUUGAUUCUUCUCCAGGGGGCUUUUGUUUGUGUUGUUGCCUCCAAACGAGGAUGCUAGUUCCAAUCUUUCUGACAAUUUGACCACUUUUGAAACAAGGCAGUUCAGGGACACCUUGUAAAUGAUCUUUCCUCAUGACUAAGCUUGGGUCCUGAAACUGAAGUUUCAUCCCGUGUUCUACCUUCAGCAUCGUCUUCCGCACCACAUCAAUCACCAACAUCGACGAAGGGUCACAGGGCACAGGGAGCCUAUCCCAGCUGACUUCGGGCGAAAGGCGGACUACACCCUGAACUCAGUCGCGGGGCACAUAUAGACACGGACAACCGCUCGCACUCAAAUUCACACCGUCGCUGAGUGGGAACUGAACCCACGCUGCCCGCGCCAAAGUCAGGCGAGUGUACCGCUACACCAUCAGCGACUGCGAAGAAAUCCACCUCACGGAAUGAAAAAACAUCUGUUGCUGCAUACAUACCUGAAAUCCACGUAUGUUCAGUCUCCGCAUUUCUAUUACCUAGCGCAGGUUGGGAGAGUGCAGCAACAGUUCAGACGUGAUGAGUUAAAGAAUCGCAAGAUUUCAAUCAUUAUGUCGAUGUAUUUACACUUUACACCUGUAGGAGGAGCCCAGGAGUGAAGCAAAUUUGAUACGAGAUUUGUUUCUUCAAUUCACAGUGCAUGAAGGUGAUUUGCAUGUGUCAUGGCUGUAUUAUAGUUUGACCUCCAAACUAAAACUAGAAAGGUGUUUUUUGUUUUUAGCUUUACUUGAAAAGUUUUGUUUUUUUCCCCGGAUAAUUUCUUAUGUCCUGUACAAUUUCAGCAGUUGCAACCAAAUUCCAGUAUUUUUUUCUGUGAACGUUGACACGUUAAUGGGGAACGUGGCUGCCGUUUAAUGAAAAAAAAGAUUUUUAAAGCAGUAACAUGUUUGCCUUUCUGUCUUUCCAGCUGUUAAGAAAAGGAAUUGCUUGUGCCACACCGCCAUUUCUACCAUUCUUAUCAUGUGGAUUUUGGAUUCCCAAUUUCAAGGAUAAUGGGAGUGUCUGACUAUUAUUGAGAACAAGGACUUCUGAGGAACUGGAGAACAUGCAGCUAAAACUAGAUUUUGGACAAAGAUGAUGACCAGAUUGCUUUCCAUAAAAAUGGAGACAUCAGCACAUACUGUUUGCCUUU